GUCAGCGUACUAGUGAGGGCCUUGUCGCUUCCUUGGUAACAACGCGCAGAAGCGUUCCAUUGUUGGAUAGGCGAACGCGUGACACCCGACAGUGGCUUAUCUGGACUGUCUCCGACGUUCUGUCAUUGUUCAUUAUUACCUAUGUAGCCGUUUGUAGAAGUGGCGUAUCAGUGUACAUAAUAGAAAGUGUGAACCCCCGUUUCAUUCUCCGGACAUACCCCAAGACAACACGUCAAUAUGGCACAGGGAAAGAGUAUUUUAAUGACUCCCGAUCCAUAUCAUACGCCUGGGUACUGUGGUUUUUGCCCCCAAUUCAAGUACCAGAUUGGUGAAACCUUCGGUAAAACAACGUCACAACUCCUCACAAAUCCACAUGUAGCCAGUUCUCCACGUCCUGUGUUGGCAGAGACUAGUCCUCGGCCGGGGGUUGAGGGCGUUCCAGACAGAAGGGCAGAGUUUCUUAGAACACGUACCCAGAGCUGGGGCGACCAGAAAUUGAUAGGGGAGAUGGUACCCGGAUAUACCGGUAAGUAA